CGGGCAUAGGGGCUCAUUAGUCUUUCCACAAAACCUGAAGGUCAAUUUUGGCGAAACGCCGGAGGGAAGAAGACGUCAACGAAAUCGGUCGGCAUCUGAUCAGUUCUUCAUUCCGUUUGCAGGCCAACAGUAUUUUCGCUCGAUUUUCCCCCUGAAUUGAUCUGUGCCUCAAGUUGCAGUUUCAAUAUGCACGAUUUUUGCUUCACAAUUCCGUAUGGGCUGCUUCUUGUGUGCGGCGGCGUAAUUGGAUUUGUGAAGAAAGGCAGCACAGCCUCUCUAGCUGGGGGCGCCGGCACUGGAUCUCUGCUCGUCAUCGCAGGAUACCUCAGCCUCCAGGCAUUCAAUAAACGGAAGAACUCCUACUUCGCUCUGAUCCUUGAAACAGUCAUUGCUGCCAUUCUGACAUGGAUCAUGGGACAGAGGUACAUGCACACCGGAAAAAUAAUGCCAGCCGGUAUUGUUGCUGGCCUAAGUUUCAUCAUGGCUCUAUUUUACCUUUACAAAGUAGCUACCGGCGGUAACCAUAUUCCUCCAAAGACUGAGUAGGGGUGUCGGUAAUCUCUUACCCUGUAUCGUGUUUGUCGCGUGCCUCAAAUACUGGAUUUGUAAAACAUUGUUCAUUAAUACGGGAUUUGCUGUUGCGGCUCAAUACAUGUAUCAAGACUUGUGGCAAUCCAAAGAUUUAUCUUGGAUUGAUUGAAACCGUAGCAAACGCUAUUACAAGCCAUAUACCCUGUUUUCCUGUAUGAAUAUAGCAUGGUUAGGCCUAAUGAGACACUUGUACUAGUUUUUACUAAAAUUUUGUAGUAUACUAAGUGCCUGGAAGCUGAGAAAGAAUAUAUAUACAUUGGAGUUUUAAGUUGCUUUGAAAAGAAUAGAAAAUUGAA